AUGGCAACUCUAAAAAUAACCAAAAAGCAUCACAAGCGCUUAAACAAUCCUUGCCCUUCAACGCCACCAUCUCUUCCUUUGAUUCAAGGAACUCUCUUCUUCAAUCCACACACAAUCCCAUCUAACCAAAUCUUCGCUCUUGGAACGGAUUUCCAGCUUCUCUGCACCACCACAAAUGGCGGGCAUCUCUCAGUUUGCCACCACUCUCAGCCGACAAGGACCCUCUGGUCCACCGUGCCAGGACAGGCCUUUGUAUCUGCAGCAGUUGUGGAGACAGAAGUGGAAGAGAGUAGGGGAUCAUUUGUUAUCAGUGACAGGAAUGUUAUCUUGGUGUGUGAUCAUCAAACUGUUGAUGAUAUCAGAGUCAUUCAUACUGAUUUUGAUUUUGAUCUGAAGAACAAUUUGAAUGACAUAAAGUUUCCUGUUCUGUUAAUAACAGGUAAGCUAUUUAGCAGAACGAACAAGAAAUGUAAGGACCAAAGUUCUGCAAGGUAUUGGGUUGUUCUUGAUCAGAAGAAUUCCAACCAGAUUGGUUUUCAGGUUAGAGUGGAACAGCUCAAAUUCGAAUUCAAUCCGACUCGACUAGGAAAAUACCAACGGCUGAGGAGGAAGCUGCGGAGGAUUCGAAAACGAAGGCUGGAGUGGUUUUGGUUCUGUACAAGGCCAAGAGGGUUUGCUGGUGUAUCCUCAUUAGAGGAGACAGAAAUGAAGGCUUCACAGUUGACAGAAGUCAACAGAAUCUGUCUUAGCUAUUCGAGCGAGGCAGAUGAAAGUUUCUAUGGGUUCGGAGAGCAGUUUUCGAGUAUGAACUUCAAAGGCAAACGGGUGCCCAUUUUGGUUCAAGAACAGGGAAUUGGAAGAGGAGAUCAGCCUAUUACUUUUGCAGCUAACUUGGUUAGCUUCAGAGCUGGGGGUGAUUGGAGCACAACUUAUGCUCCUUCACCAUUCUACAUGACAUCAAAGAUGAGGUCUCUUUAUCUAGAAGGAUAUGAUUAUUCUAUUUUCGAUCUCACAAGACACGAUAGAGUUCAGAUACAGAUACACAGCAAUUCAGCUCAAGGAAGAAUAAUAAAUGGAAACUCACCUUCCGAGCUUAUUGAACGCUACACGGAAACUAUCGGGAGACCUCCUGAGCUUCCUAAGUGGAUUAUUUCUGGAGCUGUUGUUGGAAUGCAGGGUGGAACAGAAGUCGUACGCAGAAUUUGGGAUGAACUUAAAACAUACAAGGUUCCCAUCUCAGCAUUCUGGUUGCAGGAUUGGGUAGGACAAAGAGAAACUUUCAUUGGCUCGCAACUGUGGUGGAACUGGGAAGUGGAUACAACAAGAUAUAAGGGAUGGAAGCAACUGGUUCAUGAUCUUGCUGCUCAACAUAUUAAAACAAUGACAUACUGCAACCCAUGUCUAGCUCCGACAGAUGAGAAGCCCAACAGAAAGAGAAAUCUAUACGAAGAGGCAAAAACGUUGGACAUUUUAGUGAAAGAUAUUCAUGGAGAACCAUAUAUGGUUCCAAAUACUGCUUUUGAUGUGGGAAUGUUGGAUUUGACCCACCCAAAUACUGCAAGUUGGUUCAAGCAAGUUCUACAGGAAAUGGUUGAUGAUGGAGUCAGAGGGUGGAUGGCUGAUUUUGGUGAAGGUCUGCCUAUAGAUGCAACCCUCUAUUCAGGUGAAGAUCCUAUCUCUGCUCACAAUAGAUACCCAGAACUAUGGGCCCAAAUAAACCGAGAAUUCGUGGAAGAGUGGAAAACAAACCGUGUAGGUAAGGAGAGAGAGGACCCAGAAGAGGCUUUGGUUUUCUUCAUGAGGGCCGGUUUCCGGGAUAGUCCCAAAUGGGGUAUGCUCUUUUGGGAAGGAGAUCAAAUGGUUAGCUGGCAGGCUCAUGAUGGGAUAAAGAGUGCUGUCGUUGGCCUACUGAGUGGUGGACUUUCUGGAUAUGCUCUCAAUCAUAGUGAUAUUGGAGGCUACUGUGCAGUAACUAUGCCGUUUCUCAAAUAUCAUAGAAGUGAAGAGUUGCUCAUGCGAUGGAUGGAAUUGAACGCCUUCACCCCUGUUUUCCGAACCCAUGAAGGAAACAAACCAUCUUGCAACAGCCAAUUCUACUCGAACCACAACACUCUAUCGCAAUUCGCACGCUGUGCUAAAAUGUACAAAGCCUGGUAUUUCUACAGAAUACAACUAGUAAAGGAAGCAUCGGAAAAAGGUCUCCCUGUUUGCCGCCACCUAUUUAUCCACUACCCAAACGACAGGAUUGUGCAGAACUUGAGUUACCAGCAAUUCUUAAUCGGCAGUGAGAUCCUAGUGGUGCCUGUAUUAGAUAAGGGCAAGCAAAAUGUGAAGGCCUAUUUUCCAGAAGGUGAAACUUGCUCCUGGAAACACGCCUGGUCGGGAAAGCUAUAUAGAGAAGAAGGCUCUGAGGCCUGGGUAGAAGCUCCAGUUGGUUAUCCUGCUAUAUUUGUUAAGGACGGCUCCUUUGUGGGCGAAACAUUUCUAGAAAAUCUCAGAACUUUAGGCAUUCAUUUGUAAAGAAUCCUUUGAAAGAGGACUAUAGUUUGGCAUAAAUGGUGUAGAACCACUAGCUAACUACGGACAAUUGGAUACUGACACGAGGUUUCUUGUGUUAAAAAUGACAUUUCGCCAUGUUUUCAAAAUGGAGAACGUUGAAAGAAUGAAAUGUCCGUGCUACUAACAACUGAA